AUGCUGCGAGCCACCCUCAAGCUCUGCUGCGGCAUCGCCCAUGACCACCUCCGCCGCCUGCCAGGCUUGAAGACAGCAGCUGUUGCAGCAAUCCAGCAGGACGUGAGAGGGCUGGUGGCAAGAGGAUCCCAUCACCUCUCUUCCAAAAUCCCUCAUUAUAUUCACAGGCUGAUGGGGAAGGAGACAGCUGCAUGCCCAGAGCAUGACGGAGACAUCAGCCCCAGCCUGUUCUCCAGUGUGGACCUCUCCUACAUCACCCAGGGAGAAAGGGCCCUGCAGCAAGCACUGAGCAUCCUGCAGCAACACACCAGCUGGCAGACAGAAACAAUGCUGGACACUGAGGCCACCGUCUCCAGUGCCACCCUCCCCAGGCUGGGCAAGGUGUUUCGGGCAGACAUCGUCCUGGAUGUGCCAGUGGCACAGCUGCACCAGGAGCUCUUUGAGAGGAUCGAGCAAAUGCCCCAGUGGAACCCGACCCUCAGCCAGGUGAAGGUGCUGCAGCGCGUCGGGAGGGACACGCUGGUGACACACGAAGUCACCGCCCCCAGCCCGGGCUGCUUGGUGGGCCAGCGGGACUUCGUGAGCGUGCGGCACCGCGGGAGGAGGGAGGCGGCGGUCUACCUGGUGGGCACGGCCACGCACAUCCAGCCGCUGCCCUCGCAGAAAGGAUGCAUCAGGGCCGAGUCUCGGCUGAGCUGCAUCGUCCUGCAGCCGCUGGCAGAGGACCGCAGCCGAACUCGCUUCACCUGGCUCCUCAGCAUGGACCUGAAGGGCUGGAUCCCCGCCUCCGUCCUUAACCGCGUUCUGCCGCAGUCCCAGGCAGGCUUCAUCCAGCACCUCCGCCGCCACCUCUCCGCCGCCGCCGGGCCCUGA